AAUCAAUCAAAAUAAUAUUUUGAUCCCAUUUAUUCAAACAUUUCAAAAGUGCAUGCAAACAUGAAGAGAAGCAUAUCCUGUGCAUAUACUUUUUUACCUGAACUUCUAUAUAAACCACUGCUCUCAAAUUUUCAGUUAGUCUCCUCAUUUGCAUGCAUGAAGACAAUGGGUACUCUUCAAGAAAAAGGUAAUAAAGAAGAAGCCAAGUCAUUGCCGUUUCACAGGUUGCUCAGCUAUGCAGAUACCUUGGAUUGGUUGUUUAUGUUGCUCGGGACAUUGGGAUCAGUCGUGCAUGGCAUGGCGCAGCCCGUUGGGUACUUGCUGCUUGGCAAGGCUCUCGAUGCAUACGGGAACAACGCAGGUAAUGAGAAAGAAAUGGUGCCUGCACUGGAAAAGGUUGUGCCCUACGUUUGGUACAUGGCCAUUGCAACUCUUCCUGCCGGAAUGCUAGAAAUAUCAUCAUGGAUGUACACAAGCGAACGACAAUUAGCACGUUUGAGAUUAGCAUUUCUAAGGGCAGUUCUAAGUCAAGAUAUAGAAGCUUUUGAUACUGAAUUGACCAUGGGCAAAAUAAUCACUGGAGUAACAAGCAAUAUGAGCAUCAUACAAGAUGCAAUUGGUGAGAAGUUGGGCCAUUUCAUCUCGAGCUUCUCGACUUUAUUUGUUGGAAUCAUCAUUGCUUUUAUCUGCUGCUGGCAAGUAGCCAUGCUCACUUUGAUUGUGGUGCCCCUGGUCCUUGCUGUUGGAGGUACAUAUACUGCUAAGAUGAAUAAGAUUUCAGCAACAAGAAUGAAGUAUCUGUCCGAAGUGACAACCAUGGUAGAAGAGACAUUAACUCAAAUCAAGACAGUUUUCUCCUUUGUUGGCGAAAAUAGCAUGACCAAGUCCUUUGCCAUGUUCAUGGAGAAGCAAUACACGAUGUGCAAGAAAGAGGCAAUAAUAAAAGGAAUUGGAAUGGGCCUGUUUCAAGCAGUGACAUUCUGCUCAUGGGCAUUGAUUGUUUGGGUGGGUGCAGUUGCAGUAUCAGCACAUAAAUCUCAAGGGGGUGAGACAUUAGCUGCAGUAAUGAGCAUCCUCUUUGGAGCAAUAUCGAUCACUUAUGCAGCUCCAGAUCUUCAGGUCUUUCGUCAGGCCAAAUCUGCAGGACAUGAAGUAUUUCAAAUAAUCAACAGGAGACCAGGUAUUUGUCAUGACACAAAAGGACAAAAACCGGGGAAGAUUGUAGGAGACAUUGAAAUAAAAGAUGUCUAUUUUGCCUAUCCAUCCCGCAAGGAUAAGCUCAUCCUUCAAGGACUCUCAUUGUACAUACCAACAGGAAGAGUUGUUGCGCUGGUGGGUAGCAGUGGAUGUGGAAAAAGCACUGUAAUUUCUCUACUUGAACGGUUCUAUGAUCCAUUAUCAGGUGGAGUUUUCAUUGAUGGUUAUAACAUCAAGGAUCUUGACCUAAAAUUCCUGAGAAGGAACAUAGCAGCAGUUUCUCAAGAGCCAUCCCUCUUUACAGGCACUAUUAAGGACAACUUGAAGGUCGGAAACCUGGAUGCAAGUGAUGACCAGAUUGCUCAAGCAGCAUUAACAGCUAAUAUACACUUAUUCAUAUCUCAGCUUCCAAAUCAGUAUUCAACAGAGGUAGGAGAGAGAGGACUGCAAUUAUCAGGAGGACAAAGACAAAGAAUAGCCAUAGCAAGGGCAAUGCUAAAAGAUCCACCAAUUCUUCUACUUGAUGAGGCAACAAGCGCACUUGAUUCAGAGUCAGAGAAGUUGGUUCAAGAUGCUCUUGAGAAAGCAAUGCAAGGAAGGACAGUAAUUUUAAUUGCCCAUAGAAUGUCAACAGUGAUCAACUCAGAUAUAAUUGUGGUGCUUGAGAAUGGAAAAGUAGCACAAAGUGGAACUCAUCAUGAAUUGCUAGAGAACAGCAAAUUUUACAGCAAUUUAUUUGAAGCUCAAAAUCCAACAAAUUUUAAAGAGAGAAACUCCAGGGUCAUAAAUUUUAUCAAUGAAGGGCAAGAUUCCAGCCAGAAGACUUCAGCACAAUACAAUAAGAAUAUUGAACAGUCUAUGGAAUCAGAAGCCUUGCUCAGGAAGUUGCCAAGGAAAGAUGUACAAGAAAGAACGGAUACUACUUUCUUCAGAAUUUGGUUUAACUUAAAAAAAAUCGACCUUCUUAACAUUGCUAUAGGUUCUUGUGCUGCAGCUCUAUCUGGUAUUUCUAAGCCAUUAUUUGGAUUUUUUAUAAUCACAAUAGGAGUAGCAUACUAUGAACAUGAUCCAACAAGGAAAGUAGGGUGGUAUUCAGGAAUGUUCUCUCUGGUCGGACUGCUUACGUUGUUUAGCCAUAUUUUGCAACAUUACUUCUACACAAUCAUAGGCGAGACGGCCAUGAAAAACCUUCGGGAAUCUCUAUUUUCAGCUGUACUUCGUAACGAGCUAGCUUGGUUUGAAAAACCUGAAAAUGCUGCGGCACGUGUUACUUCAAAAAUUAUCAGCGAUACCUCCAUGAUCAAAACGAUUAUAUCUGACCGGAUGUCUGUGAUCGUUCAGUGCGUCUCUUCUAUUUUAAUAGCAACCACUGUAAGUAUAAUAGUUAACUGGAGAAUGGCAUUAGUAGCUUGGGCGGUUAUGCCUUGUCACUUCAUAGGUGGUCUGGUACAAGCAAAAUCAGCAAAAGGCUUUUCAGCAAAUGCUAGUGUUAGCACUCAAGAACUUACAGCUCUCACUUCAGAAUCAGCUAGCAAUAUCAGAACAAUAGCUUCCUUCAUAAAUGAGGAGCAAAUACUAGCUAAAGCCAAGGUAGCAGUAAAAGAGCCAAUGAAAAUUAGCAGGAUAGAGAGUGUUAAAUAUGGGAUCAUUCAAGGGGUGUCACUUUGCUUAUGGAAUAUUGCGCAUGCUGUUGCCUUGUGGUACACCACAGUUUUGGUUAAGAAGGAACAAGCAACAUUUAAGGAUGGAAUAAGAUCGUAUCAGAUUUUUUCACUGACAGUUCCAUCAAUCACUGAGCUAUGGACCUUGAUCCCCAUGGUCAUGUCUGCCAUUAACAUACUCAAACCUGUUUUCCAGAUCCUUGACCGUGAAACCCAAAUUGCACCAGACAUCCCAGAUAUUCCAGACAAUGAACAAAUUGAAGGCAGGAUUGAAUUUGAACAUGUCAGCUUCAACUAUCCAACAAGACCAGAACAGCUUGUACUAAGUAACUUCAGUUUAACUAUUGAAGCUGGACAAAGAGUUGCCAUAGUUGGGCCAAGCGGGGCAGGCAAGUCCUCUAUUCUGGCACUUACAUUGAGGUUCUAUGACCCUUCCAAAGGAAAAAUUUCUAUCGACAUGAUAGAUAUAAAAGCAUACAACCUGAGGUGGUUGAGAAAACAGAUAGGGUUGGUGCAACAAGAACCUCCUCUAUUUCGUUCUUCAAUUAGAGAUAAUAUAUGCUAUGGUAAUGAGAGUGCUUCAGAAACUGAAAUAGUUAAAGCUGCAAUUGAAGCAAAUAUUCACCAUUUCAUUACCAACUUGCCUCAAGGAUAUGAUACUUUGGUGGGAGAAAAGGGCUGCCAACUUUCUGGUGGACAAAAGCAAAGAGUAGCCAUCGCACGAGCUCUGGUGAAGAGACCUGCUGUUUUGCUGCUAGAUGAAGCUACCAGUGCACUUGAUGGAGAAACAGAAAGGUCAGUCAUGAAUGCAUUAAGACCACAGGAAAGGAGGAAAGGUAACCAACAAGCUAAGGCAACCCAAAUUACAGUCGCACACAGGCUUUCUACAGUGAUCAAUUCAGACGUGAUCAUAGUGAUGGAUAAGGGAAAAGUGAUUGAGAUGGGUAACCACAAAAGCUUAAUGGAAGAAUCAGGUAGUGCCUACUCGAAAUUAUUCAAUCUCCAUAGCCAAACAUGUGCAGUUGACCAAUGAGGUCUUUUAACAUUAUGAAGCCAAGACAAUCCUCAACACAACAAUCACGUGAGGAAAGUACUUCACAUUGUAAUCAAAUGAAGGUGUGCUUUUACCUUGUUGACUUCCAGCCAGCUUAACUAGUAUGAUUUUAAAAGAAUUGCAAUGUAAUAAU